GGCUACCUGAUCACAAACAGGGAGAUCGUCUCUGAGGAUAUCGAAGACUUCGAGUUUACUCCAAAGCCAGAGUAUGAGGGUCCUUUUUGUGUCUUUAAUGAACCAGAUGAAGCUCAUUUAAUCCAGAGGUGGUUUGAACAUGUCCAGGAGACCAAGCCCACCAUCAUUGUCACGUACAACGGAGACUUCUUUGACUGGCCCUUUGUGGAAGCAAGAGCAGCGGCUCAUGGAAUUAAUAUGUAUCAGGAAAUUGGGUUUCAGAAGGACAGCCAGGGAGAGUACAAAUCAUCCCAGUGCAUCCACAUGGACUGUUUAAGGUGGGUGAAGAGAGACAGUUACCUCCCAGUGGGAAGUCACAACCUGAAAGCAGCAACUAAAGCAAAACUGGGUUAUGAUCCAGUGGAGCUGGACCCUGAAGAGAUGUGCCGGAUGGCUACGGAGCAGCCGCAGACCCUGGCCACCUAUUCAGUGUCUGACGCAGUUGCUACCUAUUACAUGUAUAUGAAGUAUGUGCAUCCUUUCAUUUUCGCCUUGUGCACCAUCAUUCCCAUGGAGCCUGAUGAGGUGUUAAGGAAAGGAUCUGGGACACUGUGCGAGGCACUGCUGAUGGUUCAGGCCUAUCACGCCAACAUCAUCUUCCCCAACAAGCAGGAGCAGGAAUUCAACAAACUUACAGAAGAUGGCCAUGUGCUGGACUCGGAGACAUACGUGGGAGGCCAUGUGGAAGCGCUGGAAUCUGGGGUCUUCCGCAGUGACAUCCCCUGCCGCUUCAAAAUGAAUCCAGCUACUUUUGACUUCCUGGUGCAGCACGUGGAGAAGACACUGCGGCACGCCAUCGAGGAGGAGGAGGGUUUGCCCUUGGAUCAAGUCACCAACUUCCAGGAG